UCCAGGACAGGCUCCAAAGCUGUCCCCCAAAACAAAAACUUAAAUCUUGGAGAAGUUUGCUGCGGGAGUCAGCUCCGUAGGGUUUGUUUCGGCCUUGAGAAUGAGGAGAAAGGUCGUGGCUGACAUGUAAGGUUACCUUCUUCUUCCUCACUCCCCAUGAGAACCUGGCGGUUUUAGGUCAGAACAAAGCUGGCCUAAAUACACAGGGCAUAGCACUGGCACUAAGCCAGGACAGAGCUUUUAGAACUGGCUCCUUGACCUGUCUUCUGUGCCUUAAGAGAGGAAGGAAAUGUGAAAUUUUUUUCCAAUUCUUGAGGCUAAGACCCAAAAUGGUACAUUGACUUAGAGGUAGAAGUUUCUGGAAAGGAACGAGCCUGACUUGGCUGUUCCUCUGUUGCUCCGCGUCGCUGCUGCACAGAUCUCCACCACCGUGUUUGCCCACUCCUGCGCAGCAGUCGUGUUGGUUUUGUUUUCAGCCGUCUGUCAUUUCCUGACCAGACUGCAAUGUGGCUCCCUGCCCUGUCAGCCAGGCUGCGACUGCCGUGACCAGGACCGCGUAUGCGGUGGCACUGUGGUCACUGAUUCCUUUGACCUCAGGAACAUACGGGACAGCCUUUGUUCAGAGCUGGACACAAAUCCCUAGCCUUAGUGAUCUCGGUCAAGUUCUAGCUCACAGCACAACAUUGUUUUGUGGAGUAGCAUGAACUCAGGAAAUCAGGCUGCCUGGCCAUGCUGCUCACAGCCUCUACUGUGUUCCAGGUGGGGCCAGCGGCUGUGAUCUGUUCUUUCUUUGGAGGGGGAAACCCAGUGACCCUGAGUGGCUAGUGGCCUAAUCUCCACCAACCCCUGCAGUCCCAGCCUGCCCACAUUCUCCCCUCCCCCCAUCCUUCAGCGGCUUCUUUGACUGGCGCCUGAGCCUUCUCUCCGCUCUAGAAACCUUACUCCCGCCCCUUUGCUUGGCCCCAGCUUUAGCUCAGGGCUCUUUGUCGCAGCUCCGCCCACUUGCGCACACCCUCCAGGAAAGGUUCCCUGUUCCUUCCCCACUCACUCGAGUCUAGGCUGACUGAGAUGAACCAUCGCGAAGCCAGGGUCCUCCCUGCUGGCCACUGUUACCCAUCUCUAGGAAUGUGGGCCUCAGAGGCUGGCCGUGUGAGGCUUUCUGUGCCACCCUCUAUCAGCAGGAACCCAGCCAUGGUGAACGAGGGCAGCAGCAGUGGCAGUGAGAGCUCCAAGGACAGCUCAAGAUGUUCCACGCCCAGCCUGGACCCAGAGCGGCACGAGAGACUCCGCGAGAAGAUGAAGCGCAGGAUGGACUCCGGUGACAAGUGGUUCUCCCUGGAGUUUUUCCCUCCUCGGACUGCUGAGGGAGCUGUUAACCUCAUCUCAAGGUUUGACCGGAUGGCAGCAGGGGGCCCCCUCUUCCUAGAUGUUACCUGGCACCCCGCUGGAGACCCUGGCUCGGACAAAGAGACCUCCUCCAUGAUGAUCGCCAGCACAGCAGUCAACUACUGUGGCUUGGAGACCAUCCUGCACGUGACCUGCUGCCAGCAGCGCCAGGAGGAAAUCACGGGCCAUCUGCAUCGAGCCAAGGAGCUCGGCCUGAAGAACAUAAUGGCACUGAGGGGAGACCCCGUAGGUGACCACUGGGAAGCAGAGGAAGGCGGCUUCAACUGCGCCACAGACCUGGUGAAGCACAUCCGGAGCGAGUUUGGCGACUACUUUGACAUCUGCGUGGCAGGUUACCCCAAAGGCCACCCUGAGGCCAAGAGCUUUGAGGAUGACCUGAAGCACUUGAAGGAGAAAGUGUCUGCAGGUGCUGACUUCAUCAUCACCCAGCUCUUCUUUGAGGCCGACACUUUCUUCAGUUUUGUGAAGGCCUGCACAGAAAUAGGCAUCUCCUGCCCCAUCCUGCCGGGGAUCUUCCCUAUACAGGGCUACACCUCCCUUCGGCAGCUUGUAAAACUGUCCAAGCUGGAGGUACCACAGAAGAUCAAGGAUGUAAUUGAGCCAAUCAAAGAUAACGAUGCUGCCAUCCGCAACUAUGGCAUUGAGCUGGCUGUGAACUUGUGCCGGGAGCUGCUGGACAGUGGCUUGGUGCCGGGCCUCCACUUCUAUACCCUCAAUCGUGAGGUGGCUACCACGGAGGUGCUAAAGCAACUGGGCAUGUGGACUGAGGAUCCCAGACGUCCCCUGCCCUGGGCUGUCAGUGCAAAUCCCAAGCGGCGGGAGGAAUAUGUGCGUCCCAUCUUCUGGGCCUCCAGACCAAAAAGCUAUAUCUACCGUACACAGGACUGGGACGAGUUUCCUAAUGGCCGCUGGGGUAAUUCCUCCUCGCCAGCCUUUGGGGAGCUGAAGGACUACUACCUCUUCUACCUGAAGAGCAAGUCCCCCAGGGAGGAGCUGCUGAAGAUGUGGGGUGAGGAGCUCACCAGCGAGAAAAGCGUUUUCGAAGUCUUUGAACAUUACCUCUCAGGAGAGCCAAACCAGCAUGGCUAUAUAGUAACCUGCCUGCCCUGGAACGAUGACCCCCUGGCAGCGGAAACCAGUCUGAUGAAAGAGGAGCUGCUACGGGUCAACAGGUUGGGCAUCCUCACCAUCAACUCUCAGCCCAACAUUAAUGGGAAGCCGUCCUCGGACCCUGUUGUGGGCUGGGGCCCCAGUGGGGGCUAUGUCUUCCAGAAGGCCUACUUAGAGUUCUUCACCUCCCCUGAGACCGUGGAGGCCCUUCUGCAGGUGCUGAAGAAGUACGAGCUCCGGGUCAACUACCACAUCGUGGAUGUGCAGGGGAAGAACAUCACUAAUGCCCCCGAGCUGCAGCCCAAUGCCGUUACAUGGGGCAUCUUCCCUGGUCGAGAGAUCAUCCAGCCUACUGUGGUGGAUCCCAUUAGCUUCAUGUUCUGGAAGGAUGAGGCCUUUGCCCUGUGGAUUGAGCAGUGGGGCAAACUGUAUGAGGAGGAGUCCCCGUCCCGCAUGAUCAUCCAGUACAUCCAUGACAAUUAUUUCCUGGUCAACCUGGUGGACAACGAGUUCCUGCUGGACAACUGCCUGUGGCAGGUGGUGGAAGACACAUUUGAGCUGCUCAACAGGCAUGCCACAGAGGGAGACGCACAGACGCCAUAAGCCUCCUGGAGCCCCUUCAUCUUACCACACAUGACAGCAACAGCUAGACUGGCCGGAAGCCGCCAGGCUCUGACUGGAUCUGAAAUGCCCCAUUUAGGAGGCUCGUGCUCUCUGCUCAAGCCCAUGAGAUGAGAUGCGAUUCAUUAAGCAAGGCCCAGCUAUGUUCCUUCUGAGUGGGCAUUCCCGCCAGCUGCCGUCUUCUAUGUUCGGCCUAACCUAGAAGCUGUCCCUGGCCCUCCUCUCCAGUCAGCCCUCAGGCCUCGCUGCCUGGGAUAGUGACUGGCAGGUACAAAUGGCUGCCCCUGAGGCCUGGCUCCCGGCCUGCUGGUCCUGUUUGAGUCAGGGAUGGGGAGGAAGCUGUCCAUAGAGCAACUUAGAUAGAGCAGGGAUUCCCUCUCCCUUUGUCCCCUAGACCCAGAUGACAACAGUGGAGAAGGGAUGUUCUUUUAUUGUGCCCCCAGAGCUCUGGGAGCUGAGCCUCCAGCUGUGGGCCUGGCCCAGUUCUGUUUGUUUCUCGGGCGGCGUAGCUCACAGCACAGCUGCUGCUGG